AGUGGGCAUGACGUUAGAGGUGGGAGAAGAAAACAUAACACGUGCUACCAUCGGCUCGUUAGUCUUCCGCUGAACAGCGAGCCGUUGACACAACAUUCGGCUCUCGUCUCCGCAAAACUACGCUCACCUAUUGCACGCGUCAUCAGUGAUUGACUGCUGUAUACAGGAAUAUAUACGGAGUUGUCAGAGAUUUUGAAAGACAACACAAUCGUUAUGACUAAUCAUAGACACACGUGCGGAAUAAUGAAGAUGUUGGCCGCCACUUGGACGACGGUGCUUGUCCUCUGGUUCCCGUCAUUAAUAACAGCGGCUGAGCUCUCGGAUGGAAUGGUCUGCACUUUCACGUCGACCAACUACGCGGUCGGUGACGUCUGGUAUCCGAGACUGGGUCAACACGGGACCCUCCACUGUGUCGCCUGCGUCUGUCAAGAGGGCGGGAAAAUCAAUUGCACCAUUCAAAAUUGCAGCGGUCCCGAAUGCACCGGGUCCGAAUCGUCCGUCGAGAAUCAAUGUUGUGCCCACUGUUCCAAAGUGGGGCAAGAUGCGAAAAUGCCAACAUCCAUUACAACUCCACCAUCUCCGGCGCAUUCGACUCGCGUUUUGCAGGAAAACGUUCGGGUGUCUUCAUUCUCGUUAUCGGAUUUGAGUAGCAGUUCGACGUCAUCUGGCGUCACUUGCUUACAUAAUGGCAACGUCUACCGUCACAAGGAACGUUUCACAUCUUCCAACGUCGGUCUCAAACCGGAACACCCCGACCAGUGCGUUCAAUGUUCUUGCGAGGGUGGGAUGGUGAUGUGCCAACUGAAAGAUUGCCCCAAAGCUGACUGUGAAAAGCCGGUAUGGACUAAAGAUGAUUGCUGCCCAGCCUGUCCAGAUCCAGUUGGCCGAGUGGACGAGAUGGACAAUUCGCCUGUUAUUAUUCAACAAGAGUCGGAUACUAUCAACGGAAAAAUGGAGGACUGUAUCUCCGCUGGCCGGUAUUAUCUGCACGGAACGACUUGGCAUCCGGUGAUGGGACCGUUCGGACCAAUGGACUGCGUCAAUUGCAAAUGCAAAUCUGGUAGGAUCGAAUGCCAACGUUUGGAAUGUCCCAGUCGGCCAGAGCUCAGCUGCGAAAGGCCCGUAAAAGUUGCUGGACGUUGCUGUCCCGUCUGUCCGUUUAUCGAGGGAGACAUUCAAGGUCCCGUGACACCCUUACUGCCAUCAUCACCCAUCACUGGGACGCGGUCCAAUAUUCAAGAAACUUCAGGAAUCGUCAGCAGCAGUUCUAGCAGCAAAAUAAAGACACCCACUCGACCCUUGUUAGCUCCUUCCACUUCUUCGCUCAUCAGGUCCUCAACGCAUCCCCGAAACUUAACGUUGUGCUUACCCAGGGAUUACGAUGUCAUCGUCUAUCGAGCGCAAGGCGGUGGUAGCACAUCCGAAUUCAUCCAGGUUAAACUACACGAGGAUAAUGUUGUUGUUCUUCUGGUAAUCUCGCAGUACAUCUUUCAGCAAGUUGUCAACGGACAGGGCAUUGAACAUCACAUGUGGAUGUUACAGCCAACUGUAACAACAUACAAAGUCCAAGAUCUAACACGGGACCAGUCCGAAGCAUUACGUCAGCGAUUCCGGUUCAUUCUUCUCGGAACUACGGCCACAAAACACGUCACGAGGUUCACAAAACGAGAGAAAAAGUUGAAACCGAAAUGUCUGCCUGAUUCCGGCUGCCUGAAGAAGAUCCGACGACUAGAGCGAAAUCUGGUGCUCAAAGAGGUUGUCAGCCGUAAAGGUUGUUCACCUCUCGAAGUGGAAGCCAACCGCCGUUGAUUAAACGACACAUUUAUCCAAUGGUUGCUCACAUUGGGCCAUGGUCAUACCAGCACCGGCCAGCCGUACAUGCAAAUCUCUGACGACUGGCAAAUUAGCAACUGAAAAUGCAAAAAACAAAACAUUUGACACUACCGUUAAAGGUAAUCUCGGGAGGUCACGUACAACACGGAAUUGAUUUGUACCACCAGAAUUCUGCUGUCCCGCAUCAGGGAUUCGUGUCUAUUAAAAGAGUUUCCGGAUUCCUUGAUUCCUCCCCCGGUAUCCGUAAUAAUAUCGUAAUCCCGCGGAACUCGAAUACGCGGUUCUAUGGCGCCGUUUUAUGGCGUUGUGUAGAUUUGAUGUGGGCUGCUAUCACGCAAUCAUGUAGGAGGAGUACGUAAUUUUCUAUUUCAAAUUAAAGAUCGUUACUUGGGUGCUGAGACCAACUUAUUCAUUUUAAUACAAAGACAAAUUGCGACCUCGUGUGUUUGGCCGCAAACCCAAAUGUCAUUUAAAACAAAUUAUUAUUAUUUUUUUUCCUUAUUAAAUUUGAAUCGACAGAAUGCUGAAAUACGUUGAUGUGUGCAUCAACGUAGAUUUAGUUUAUGUUAGAAUAUGAUAUUCUAGUCAGUCACUCAAUCGAUCAUAUGGCUCAACAAAGUAUCAAUAGUAUUCUUAGUCUUAAUAAUACUUACAAUCUAAGUAGAAUAAUUGAUCUUACACACACAAUUGGUAAGUAGGAUCUGGACCUAUUUAUCUUGUAUUGGAGCUAGAUAAAACAGAGCACAAGAUCACAAGCAGAUAAACUUAUAUCCUCCCAGCAUGGUCUAACAUUAGAGGUCCCAGAACUGUCGUCUGCUAUUUCCGCGGACAAAUUUUGGGGCACUCGCUAGGGGCGCUGACUACCCGGAUCAGUCAUAACAUUCCCCCCAUAACGUUGUCAACAAUGGGGAAAGUAGUCGCUUGUGACUGUUUUUCGCGCUGUUUUGUUCUGUAUUAAAAAUUUAAAAAAUUUACUUUUCAAAUAAAGGAAACCUGAAUCAAUUCCUAUUUGUAUUAUAAACCAUUAUAUACAUUAAUACACAUUAAUUAACCAUCUUAGACAGUUUGCGCAGCUUAUGCUGCUCUUCUUUUGAUUUCUGGCUAACCUCAUUUUUUAACCGUUUCGCUUCCAUGUGAUAUCGGAUUCUAUGUAUUCAAACAUUAAAAAUGGGACCAUUUCCGUGCUAUGUUUGUCGCAUCAAAUAUUUGGCAAAACAAGUCCGUCGCAUGCAACAUCAUAGAUGACUUGGUGGAAGGAAUCUCUCAUGUAAGCUUUUUCAGAGAGAAAAUGAUUUUGAACAAUUUUAUCAACUUUGGCAAAUGUAAAAAAACAUGCCAAGAGAGGCAAAACGCAGGAAGCCUUUGCCUCUCUUGGCAUGUUUUUAAAGUUGAAAAAAUUGUUCAAAAUCAUUUUUGAACGGCCUUGAUUUGUCAAAAAUUUGUUGCGACGAACAUCGCAUGGAAAUGGUCCUUUUUUGGAACAGCCCAAAACAGGCCUAGCAGACGACAGUUCUGGGACCUCUAAUGUUAGACCAUGCUCCUAGGUUCGAAUCUCAACGAACGUCAAACGUGGGUGACGAUCUUCCUUCGUCUUUCUCCAUUACACACAGUUGGUUCUGCAACCCCCUUGGUUUCCGCAACCAACCAGUUGUGCGCAUCUGGUUGGUAUUUAUAAUGAAUCACAACAGUUUAUUUAGCCCAUUCAGUGACGUGUAAGAAUCUAAGAUGAUGCCACUCUUGAGCAAUCUUUCUAAUCCUAAAUCUCAGUGAACGUUCAGCAAAGAAAACGUCAUGCUAUUAAUUUGUAUUUAAACUGAAUCUAUACAUCUGAUUUGAUGCAAUUUGUUUCCGAUUUUCAUGAUUGCUGUCGUUUAGGAGUGUAAGAUAAUUGAUUAAGCCACGACGAUACGUGAAAUGGCUGUCAACAGGGGGUUCAUUCCGGCUCCGCAAGCGCCACGGUAAUCGUCC